AUGAAUAUUUCUUCUAUGCUAUCGAACGAUAGUACCACGCCUUCCUUGGACGCUGACAGAAACUUUACAGGUAGUCAGACGAAUAAGGAUUUAGGAGGCACUCAAGAUACGAUAAACAAAGAAAUAGACACUGGUGAAGUAGAAGACCACGCUAAUGGAAAUGCUGAUGUUGGCGGGAAUGGUAUUGGAAAUCAUAGAUCGACCACAAAUGGUAAUAACAAAGUUACUGAUGAUUUGGUUCGAAAUGUUAAUAUUGUUGAAUCUAUUAUACCGAAACCAAUCAGACCGUCACGUUCGAGUAUAGAGUCGGACGAAGAAGAUGUUGGUAAGAACUACAAUAGCAUAAUUUCCGAUGACUUGGAUCAUAUAUCCCAAAGGUACUUGGAAAAGUUUGAAGAGAAGGUAAAUGCAAUUAAUAAAAUAGAUCAAGUUUUAAUAAGUGGCAACAAUAUGAAAGUAUUAAAUCAAGAAGAAGAAAACUUGAAUACUCUUAUGAAGAAAUCAAGCGAAAUCGCCGAAAAUUAUAUUGAUAGAGUGGUCACCGAAGAUAUUUCAUCAAAGGCAAAUGUCUUGAAUGGCAAAGAGUCCAUUGGCAAAGAAUUCAAAUGGGGAUCUACUAGAGAUACGAAAAAGCGUGAACUAGAAUUAGAAGUUGAAAAUGCCAGUAAAGCUGAUACAGCAGCAAAGAAAGGUGGAAAUAAAUCGAAACAAGGUACGGCAAAGUCUACUCCUGCUAAGAAAACAAAAGCUAAACCAAAAAGAAAGCAGCUGGCAACUGAUGAAACAGCAGAAGAGAGUCAACUCGGCAAGAAAAGAAAGACUCGCGCAGGUUCAGUCUCUGGUGCUGCUCAAAACGACGACAAGCUGGCUAAUGGUAAAGUUAAGUUAAAGUUAACUUUGAAAGACCAAGCAGAGGAGGACUCAGCUAAUCCAGACACAGCAUCAAAAAUAACAACGAAAGAACAGAAGAUUAUUACCAAACAAUAUGAUAACACUUUUGUUUCUAUUUGGAAGGACUUAUCUAGAAAAGAUGGUCCUAAAGUAAGUAGGUUGAUGCAACAAUCGACUCAAGCGAAGAUGAUUAAUCUUAAAAAGACAUCUAUUUUGGCGGCCAGAGAAGCUAAGAGAUGGCAAUUGAAGAAUAAUAGAAAUCAAAAAGAUUUAACUACGAAAGCCAGACGUGCAAUGAGAGAAAUGUUCAACUUCUGGAAGAGAAAUGAAAGAAUAGAGAGAGAAUUGCGUAAAAAACACGAAAAGGAAUUACUUGAUAAGGCUAAAAAAGAAGAAGAAGAAAGGGAAUCUAAGAGGCAGUCGAGAAAAUUAAAUUUCCUUAUUACGCAAACAGAGUUAUAUUCGCAUUUCAUCGGUAAGAAGAUCAAGACUGAUGAGUUCGAAGGCAAUGAUUCCGAUCCUAAUGUUAACUUUAAGUCUUCCAGUCAUCAUUAUGAUAAGUAUUCUAAUAUAGAUGGAGAAAGUAAAGAUUUCAAUUCCAUUGAUUUUGAUAACGAAGAUGAAGAAUCCUUGAAUAAAGCAGCUGCUGUCAAUGCACAAAUUGCAUUGGAAGCGGCCAAGACGAAAGCUCAAGCUUUUGAUAAUGAUCCUCUUAAAAAUCCAGAUACUAAUGGCGAAGAAAUGAACUUCCAAAACCCUACUUUAUUAGGAGACAUAAAUAUUUCUCAACCUGAUUUAUUGAAAUGUACUUUGAAAGAAUACCAAGUAAAGGGUUUGAAUUGGUUGGCUAAUCUAUAUGAGCAAGGUAUUAAUGGUAUUUUGGCAGAUGAAAUGGGUCUAGGUAAGACUGUUCAGAGUAUCUCUGUUUUAGCCUAUUUAGCGGAAACCCAUAAUAUAUGGGGACCAUUUUUGGUCGUCACACCAGCAUCAACAUUACAUAACUGGCAACAGGAAAUAAGUAGGUUUGUUCCUGAAUUUAAGGUUAUUCCAUAUUGGGGCAAUGCGAAGGAUCGUAAAGUGUUAAGAAAAUUCUGGGAUCGUAAGAACUUUAGAUACGGGAAGGACGCUCCAUUUCAUGUUUUGGUUACGUCCUAUCAAUUGGUCGUUGCAGAUGCUGCAUAUUUUCAAAAGAUGAAAUGGCAAUAUAUGAUUCUAGAUGAAGCACAGGCUAUCAAGUCAUCUCAGUCCUCUAGAUGGAAAUCAUUACUUUCUUUUUCAUGCCGUAAUAGAUUAUUAUUAACUGGUACCCCAAUUCAAAAUUCUAUGCAAGAAUUAUGGGCCUUAUUACAUUUCAUUAUGCCCUCAUUAUUUGACUCCCAUGAUGAGUUUAGCGAUUGGUUCUCAAAGGAUAUUGAAAGCCAUGCACAGUCUAAUACUGAAUUGAACGAACAGCAGUUACGGAGAUUACAUGUCAUCUUGAAACCAUUUAUGUUAAGGCGUAUUAAGAAGAAUGUUCAAAGUGAAUUAGGCGAUAAACUUGAAAUAGAUGUGUUCUGCGACUUGACUCAUAGACAGAAAAAGUACUAUCAAAUGUUGACCUCUCAAAUAUCAAUUAUGGAUUUAUUGGAUUCUGCAAAUAAUAGCAGUGACGACAGUGCCCAAUCAUUAAUGAAUUUAGUCAUGCAAUUUAGAAAAGUUUGCAAUCACCCAGACUUAUUUGAAAGAGCUGAUGUUAAAUCCAGUUUUGCUUUCAGUAGAUUUGCUGAAACAAGCUCUUUUUUGAGAGAGACAAAUGAAUUGGAAAUGUUUUACAGUACAGAAAAUCUAAUCAAGUAUAAUAUUCCAAGGAUGGUCUACGAGGAAAUUUUGCAACCAACAUUUGAUAAUGAUGUUGGAUCUCGUAAAAAAAUCUUGAAUAAUAUGUUCAAUAUAUACGAUCCUUCAAAUGUUGCUAAUGAUGAAUUGGAAAACUUUAGUUGGUUAAAAUUCGUUGAUAAAUCUCCACAAGAAGUCAAUAAUUUAUCGAAACAAAAUAUAAUUGAAAGAGCUAUUAACAAUAGAGAGUAUUCUGAUAUAAACUAUGAGAGAAUAAACAGAUUGAAGUAUGUCUAUGAUGAGGAUGAUGAAUGUUUCAUCCCUAAUUCAAAAUUAUUAUUGAUAAACGAGUUGCAGAACAAUCAUGCGUUAAUAAGCAACUCUACGCAUUUGAAAGAAUUAUAUUCAAUUAAGAACAAAGUAUAUAACGAUAUGGUUAUUAACAAUAUGAAACCAGCUGCUGAACCUUUAGUAAAGGCCCCACCAGUUGAUGUUGUUUGUAAUAGUAUUUCCUUUGUGCAUAAUCUUCAAGCGUCGCUCUUUGAUUCUAAUAUAAGGCAAAGUUUAAUGCCAUUGUCAUUCAAUCAAGAAUUAGAGCUACUUAAGAGUAACUCUCCAAUAACUGAAUAUCCAAAAUCAAAUAUGCUUCCGAAUACAAUCAAUAAGUUUAUUGAUUAUUCGAAUAUAAGAAUGCCAUCGAUGAAUAGAUUCAUCACAGAAUCAGGUAAAUUAUCAAAGUUAGAUGAAUUACUCGUUGACUUAAAACAUAAUGAUCAUAGAGUUUUAAUUUAUUUUCAAAUGACAAAGAUGAUGGAUUUGAUGGAAGAAUAUUUGACAUAUAGACAGCAUAAGUAUAUUAGAUUGGAUGGUUCAUCCAAGUUGGACGACCGCCGUGAUCUCGUGCAUGAUUGGCAAACAAAACCAGAAAUUUUUGUAUUCUUGUUAUCAACGAGAGCUGGUGGGCUAGGUAUUAACUUGACCGCAGCUGACACUGUUAUCUUUUAUGAUUCAGACUGGAAUCCUACUAUCGAUUCCCAAGCUAUGGAUCGUGCUCAUAGAUUAGGUCAGACCCGUCAAGUGACAGUUUAUAGAUUAUUGACAAGAGGUACAAUUGAAGAAAGAAUGAGAGAUAGAGCUAAGCAAAAAGAACAAGUUCAACAAGUCGUUAUGGAAGGAAAAUCCGCAAUAGCGAAUAAGGAAGAAUCUGGUAAUAAGAAAAAAGAUGUCGCGUUCUUGUUAUUAGGUGAUGAAGAGUCAUCUGCAGCGGUAGCUUUGAACGAUGAUAGUGAAGGGAAACAAGAUUUGCUGGAUUCUAAAAAAUCACAAACUAAGAAUCUUGAAGAUAUGUAUCACGAAGGAGAAGGUGAAUUUUCUGGUAAUGUUACACCGGCUCUUUAA